AUGAAGAAGCACAAGGACAAACUCAAGAGCGAGUUCCGGAGCGGCAAAGGCGCGUCAUCCAAACAUGACCAGGCUUCCGCCCCCGCCCCCGCCCCCGGCCCCGUGCAGCCACAGCAGCAGCAGCAAGUCCCCGCCGAGUCGCUCGAGAACGACUUCUUCACGUGGAACACCGACAAGCCGGCCUCGUCGCAGCCGCGGCCGAAGCCGGCGCGCAAGCCAGCGUACCCGGCAGGGCCGCCGGUGCCGGACCCGUUCCCUCUGCUGUCGGCGCACCCGGCAGCAGACGUGCUGCGGGCGCCGGCGGUGAACCGGGGCGGCGCAGACCAGGGGCACUAUCCCGAGGCGACGCCGCUGCUGAUCGGCUUCACGCGCAACUGGCCGCAGCUGCUGCAGUGCGUGGUCAGCUACGUGGCGGCGGGCUGGCCGCCGGGCGACAUCUACGUGGUCGAGAACACGGGCGCCAUGCGCGCAAACGCCGAGGGCCGCCUGACGCUGCAGAAUCCCUUCUACCUCAACCACACGCAGCUGGGCAUGCUGGGAGUGAACGUGCUAGUGACUCCCACGCUGUUGACGUUUGCGCAGCUGCAAAACUACUUCGCCUGGGCGGCGCUCGAGCGAAACUGGACCGAGUACUUCUGGUCACACCAGGACCUGAUCGUGUUCUCGCUCGAGAACGAAGCCACCGACGCUUCAGACUCGAGCCAGACGUACUACACGCUGUACGAGCGGUGCGUGGGCGUGCUGCAGUACCUGCGGCAGGCGGGGAUCCCCAAGUGGGCGCACCACUUCUUCGCGUACGACCACCUGACGCUGGUCAACCGCGACGCGAUCCUGGCUGUCGGCGGCUGGGACACGCACAUCCCCUACUACGCGGGCGACUGCGACAUGUACGUGCGGCUGAUGUGGGCCGGGUACUGGCAGGGCGAGACGACGGUGGGGCUGAUCCUGGACGUGGCCACAGUGCUGGACGACGUCGGCGCGCUGCUGCGCGUGCCGGGGAUUCACGCGGCGUUUGCGGGCGACCCGGGGCCGGAGCCGGAGCCGGAGCAGGCGGACGACGCGGACGAUGACGAGGCGCGGCGGCGGCUCGUCGAGCGGCGCGGCGAGACGUGGGAGCACCUCGUGGCCGUGGGGUACCGCAUGGAGGAGGCCAAGUACGCCGACGGCGGCGGGUGGCGCAACACGUGGCAGCUGCGGCAGACGGGUGGGCAGGGCGAGCCGUUUGCGCGCGACGCCGAGGGCUUCGAGACGGGCCUGCGCAUGAUGAUUGACACGGGGCGCAGCGUAUUCGCCGAGAAAUGGGGCCACCGCGGGUGUGACAUUGCGCGCAUCGGCAUCCGCGCUGACGACGCCUGGCAGCUCGAGCGGGACUGGGACCCGGAGACGGAGGGGAUGGGGCACCAGGGGGGCGACUGGUAG